CAUUUAAAUUCAAGGAAGAUGUGUGAAAAUAAUUUAUAAAACCCUUGUUUCCUAAGUAUCAAAUAAUAGUAUAUCAAUUCUGAAAUUUAUUAAUUAGAAAAUGGCUGAUGAACGAAAUUUUCGCUCGUCUUAUUAUGAAAAAGUGGGAUUUCGUAGUGUCGAAGAGAAAAGGUCUUUAGAAAUAUUACUUAAAGAGCGUCCUUUGGAUAAAGCAAAACUGAAACAAUUCUGCUUGCGAUUUACAGUUCCUACUAAAUAUAGAAAUUUUCUUUGGAAAGUAUUAUUGGAUGUAAUACCAAUUUAUAUAGAUAGUCAUAAGUUUAUAAUAAGUCAAAGAAAAGCAGAAUUUCAAGAUCUACAAAAAGCUUUAAAGGUUACAAAAAUUUUGGAUGAUUGUACAAAACCUCAUUUAAUGCUCCUUACUAUGUGGUUAUUGCGCACUAGAAGAGCAAAACUUGACAUGAAUACUCAAUUAGAAGUUCCCUUGCACAGAGCUAUGAACAGAUUGGCUGAAACAUUAUGGCACAUUGUUGACAUAGAUUCAUAUGAGGAAAAGUUAGUAGACACAUAUUGGAUAUUAUGUGGACUUUUAGAUCAAGUACAAAAAUUUCAUAAAGAAAUCAGUAGAUUACAAGAAUGCACUUAUACUUUGUUAGAGAGAGAAGAUCCAGAAUUAUACAAGCAUCUUAUUAAAAUAGAAGCACUUUACAAUAUUCCAUAUGACAUUUGGUUUUCUUCAUGCUUUGCAGGAACAAUAUCUAAUGGUUCUAUAGCAAAAAUAUGGGAUAAAAUAGCUGUAGGUGCAUAUAGAACUUUAAUCUUUGUCACUGUAGUCACCCUAACAACUUUAAGAAGACUUUUAUUGAGAUGUGAAAAUAUAGAUGGUAUUUUAGAUACUAUUGCCAAUAUAACAGAAGAAACAUCUGAAGUAAUUGUUAACAAAGCAAUUGAAUCUUGGCAACAGAGUGGUUCAACACUGACAACUAUUUCAUAAACUAUUUAAGAAAUUAAAACCUUCCUCUUAUGAACAAAAUUGUAUCAAAACAAUUAUAUUAUAAAUUACAAAGUAUAAAGUAACUUUUAACUUUAACCAUUAAUUUUUUUAAAUAUAAAUAAUUGUAUAUCUAUAGAACAUGUUUCCUUAUAUUUUAAAAAUAAUUAUUUUAUUAAUGCAUCCAUCAUACAUUGUACAUAUACAAUUACUUACUUUAUUGAGGUGUUAAGUCUUAAACUGGACUUUGUUUUUUAUACUGUGACUCUUUUGUUUGUUUUGCAAUGUUAUAUUACAACAGUGUUGAUGUACUUCUGUGUAUAAGAGCAAACUUUAAUAAAUAACUUUCAAAUCAA